UUGCGUAGUUUGAUUUCAAAAUAUCUCUAGUAUCGAUUGAUUAGAAGUAGUUGAAACAUCAUGGCGUUUUCAAGACUUAUGUUUUGUCUCGCGGCUAUUUUUCUCGCACUUCUUUGUGCAUGUUCCCAAGCCGAGAGAAAUGUUCAUCAUGUUGAUAAAGACAGAGCUUGUCUCGAACUAAAGAAAACCGGUCCAUGCCGAGCUGCAUUUCAAAGAUAUUAUUACAAUUCGGAGGACAAUGAAUGUGAAAAGUUUAUUUAUGGAGGAUGCCAAGAGAACGGAAACAAUUUUAAAACCAAACGUGAAUGCGAAGAAUUGUGCGUUCGUGGAAAUAGUCGCAAAUCUGAAUCGAAAUGAAGCAAAAAUUGAGCUGCAAGAUGUCAAGUUUAUAAUGUAUGCGAAAUAAUUAAGUGCAAAAUAGUAAAGAGAAUAAUAAAGCCAAAAUAUUAUUAAAUUCAAUUGCAAAGA